AUGCAUCGGCACCCCCUGGUCAUCUUGCUGACAGCCAUGCUGGCGGCCAUAGCCAAAGCGGAGCCGACGCGCUGGGCUUGGGCGACGGUGGAGCGCAGGGUGAACAGACUGGUGAUCUAUGACGGCGAGCCCCCGCAGGCAAACUCCUUCGCGGAAGCGCCGCACGUCCCCGUGGCAUGGGCAAGCUUCAAGGACGAUAUACACGAGAGUGGCUGGUCUUACCUUCAGAUCGAGUCCAGUCCGUACGUGCAUGACGAACUGCAAGCGUACGCAGCCGGGGCCCUGGAGGCCUACCUGACACGACAGUUAAUGGAGAACCAGUGGGAGAACCUGUUCUCACGCUACUGCGAAAAUCAGACCCAGUACUGCAGCAGGCUCAAUGAGUUCAUCGUCAAGAACCUGGCGCAUUCGCACGAGCAACAGCACCGCUUCAAGUACAGCGAUCCUUACUGGAACAUGGUGCAUCUACUAAUGCGACAGCUAUCCGGACUAAGCGAUGUCUUCGAGAAUGAGACGCUAGACUAUUCGCACGAACUGGACAAUGUCACGCGAGCAUCCUACUUCAGCCUGGUGGGAGAUCUGUUCGACCUGGAGCAGGUUCUGGAGCGCAAGAAGGACUUCAACUCGAUCGCCCAGAUCCUGGCCUGCUCAGCUCUUGUCAAAGUGGUGGGCGACUUUGAGGACAUCUACUUUUCCCAUGACACCUGGUUCCUGUACCGUGGAAUGCUUCGCAUACAGAAGAAGUACAUCUUCCCCUGGCACUACACGGCUGAUCGCACCGGCCACAUAAUCCCGGGCCACACGAUCACCAUGUCGUCCUACGCUGGAAAGGUGGUCUCGUGGGACAACUUCUACCUUACGUCGGCAGGACUGGCCAUCACAGAAACGUCAAUCGUGAACGACAACGCAGAUCUGUGGAAGUUUGUGGUGCCACAUAGUGGUCCUUUUACCUGGGUGAGCGCCGCUGUGGCUAGCCGCCUGGCUACCUCGGGCAUCGAGUGGGUCCGUCUCAUUGGCAGGGAGAACAGCGGAACGUGCAACAGUCAGGUGCUGAUCUUGGAUUACAAGCUGUUCGUUCCUGGGACACCCAUUGGAGACGGGACGCUUUGGAUUUACGAACAACUUCCGAAGAUGACGAGGCAUGAAGACAUUAGCAGGGCCCUCCGUGACAACAAGUACUGGGCAAGCUAUAAUAUCGCCUAUUUCGAUGAUAUCUUCAACAUCAGCGCACAGCUGCCAAAAGUGCAGCGGUACGGCGACUACUACACAUACGAGAACUGUCCACGUGCCAAGAUCUUCCGGAGGGACCACGUGAAGGUCAAGGACAUGAACUCUAUGAUAAAGCUUAUGAGGUACAACGACUACAAGAAUGACCCGCUCUCGCGCUGCAAUUGCACGCCACCGUACAACCCAACAUACGCCAUUGCUCCGCGCUACGACUUGCUAGACCUGCAUAGGACGUACGACAUACCAGAGAUGUACCCGAGGGCUGUGGGCGGCAUUGAUGUCAAGGUGACCAACUACACACUGUUUGCGUCUCUGGAGUUCGUCGGGGUGAGCGGGCCCACGUGGGACGACCAGCCGCCGUUCCAAUGGAGCACCAGCGGUUUCCUGGACAGUCAUGUCGGUCACCCCGACAAGUGGCAGUUCGCGCCGGUGAUCCGAAAGUGGGCACAGCCGCGAGUCCAGUGGUUCGGCGAGCGGGAGAGGCUCCAUAACUCCGCAGCGUCUCGCGUGUCGCGGACAGCCUACUAG